CUCACGCACACACACACACACACACACACACGCACACCCACAGACACCCCCACACACCCACAGAGACACACGGAGUGUCCGUCCUCCCCAAGGCCGGGCGGCGGCUGGGCCCUCUCCGGAGUUGUGUUGAAGCUGCAGACGCCGGGAGGGCGGCGCGGAGGCGGAGGCGGAGGCCGGGCUGGGGGGGCCCUGGGAGCCAGCGGCGCCCCCCUCCCCCCCGCCCCUCCCUCCCGGCGGCGCCGACGCCCCAUGUUCACUGACCUCAGGUCCAAGCUCAGCCCCCCGAGAGGCCGCCAUGGAGCUCUGAGGAUGAACUACGGGGACCACAAAGAUGUGGACGCCAGCGCCCACUUCAGCUUCUGCCGGAACCUCCUGGAGCACACGGUGUCGGCUGAGAACCUGCACUUCCGGCUGCAGAGAAACGCGGGCAGCAGCCUCACCUGGCACGAUGGCCGGAGCCAGCGAGCAGCGGGAGGGAGGACCGUCAAGCUUCUGCAGCAGCCAGGCACUGAAGGGGCCCAGGGCCGACACUACGAGCAUUAUGGCCUCUACCACACCAGCCCCACCUUGGGCAGCUUGACCAAGCCCGUCGUGCUCUGGAGUCAGCAGGAUGUGUGCAAGUGGCUCAAGAAGCACUGUCCCCACAACUAUCUUGUCUACGUAGAGGCCUUUGCCCACCACGCCAUCACAGGUCGGGCGCUGCUGCGGCUGAACGCAGAGAAGCUGCAGCGGAUGGGGAUCUCCCAGGAGUCUCAGAGGCAGGAGGUUCUCCAGCAGGUGCUCCAGCUGCAGGUGCGGGAGGAGGUGCGCAACCUUCAGCUGCUCAGCCAGGCUUCCUUCGGCAACGUCUCCUAGCCAAUCUGGCCGAUGGGCAAGAGCCCAGCACUGUGACCCUGUGGCCUGGGAAGGACAGUGGACCGCCAGCACGGAACUCCAAACCGCAUGCUUGAGACCAGACCAGGCGGCUCCCUCAACCCCACGCCCCUCUACCUCCCCCCUCGCACUUAUUUAAUGAACACGGUUCCUGGGAGAGACAGCAGGCAUGGUUGGUGUUUGAAAAGAGGCCAAGAGGCAGGAGAUCUCGGGAUCUCCUGUCAGUGGGAUUGUCCAACGGCUGCCGGUCAGAGUCCCACCAUCCAGCUUGGGGCCACGGUGGAUGACCGUGAAGAUUCAGAAGGUGCUUGUGUUCAGGUGAGGCCUGUAGAGUCCAACUGGGAAGCAACGGCGCUGGGGAUUUCCUGGUGCUGCUCUCCUCUUCCCCGGCUCAGCUUCCUUGGGAAAUUCGCCAGAUCCAUGGCCCUAGUGCACCCAUUCGGCUGACCUCAGAAACCAAGCCAAGCUGGACGUAUGAAGGAGGACGAGGAGGAAGAGGAACCGGAUGGGGAAAUGCCAGGAGAUUUCCUGGGGUCUCCUGGACUGGUCCUGGUGCCAGACUGGGACUCAAGAUCCAGCAUGAAGCCCCCAGUGUCCAAGGCCUAGAAUCCAGCUCUGGAAUGGGCCUCUGGGGCUUCCACAUCAACAGUAUCACCAAUGUGGCCGAGAGACCAUGGGGUCAAAGAUCAGAGGCCCCCUGGCACUCCCCUUCUUCUUUCUUUCCCCUCACUUCCCUUAAGGAGGAUCUGAUCUCUUGGCUCUCUCUGACCUUUGGAUGUGCUAUGGAUCCAACAGGGCUGUUGGGGGCAGGGCAGGUGACUGAUGAGUUAACUUCCUCCCUGUCUGCCCCACUAGUUCAACAUUUUUUUUGAGAUGUUUAUUUAUUUAUUUGUACUCUUUUGGUAUCUGUCUUUUUCCUUAUGUUCUUUGCCAGUUCCUCUCCCUUCUGUAUACCUCCUCCUCUUCCUCCACCAGCCUUGCUCCUAUACUGAUUCUGCAAGGCUACGGGUCCCUCCUGGCCAGGAGCAGGGGCCCUGUAGGUUAAAAAGAGAGAUCACCCAGGUGAGGAGGAAGGGGGCAAGGAGUAGAGCAAAGAGGUUCUUGGUGAUCAAUCUCUGAUGUCCCCUCCCACCCCCAAUCCUGUGAGGGCCUGGUCCCCACAUGCCUUCCCCUACCCUUCCUGCCUCCUUUCCUUUCCCCUCCAUCCUCCCACCUUUUCCCCUUCCUGGACCCUCCCAUUUCUUUGGCAUUGAGCAGAGUGAUGCUGUCUACACUCUUCCUUCUUCCUCCCCAUUGCCCGAAGAGGCUACUACUACUCUGCUCUCUACCUACUCCUCUCCCUCAAUGUUCUUAGUAAACUUAUCCCCUGGAAAACCCUCAGCCUGGAUUCCAAUGGAUAGGGAGUUUAAAAUAUGACCCCAACAGAGUCCAUCUAUCUGGGAGUCUGUCUGUCUAUGUGUACUUUCACUUUCCUGUGAUAUAAGCCAGUAGCAUUUCCCUUGUUGCACUUCACCUUUGGGCCUCAGGCCCUUCUGCUAAACCCAGGUUGUUUAUCUCCCCUGGAGGUUGUAAACCUCCGGCAACCAGGCAUCUUGAGCUUAAGCGCUUUGCCUUGUAAAACUGCUUGGUUUUGUAAUGCUUCUUUAACUCCCCUCCCAUUUCCACUGUCAAGACCCAGACCCCUACAGGAGAUGCCUGCAGCCAUGGGCAGCCUCACCCCCAGCCCCCCCCCGAUUCUUCCAUUCCCCCAAACCAGUCAACGGGCAGUGAGGGUGAAAGGAUGGAGACAGUCCAGACAGGAGAUAGAGCGUUGAGGCUGCAUCCCUUGGACUGAGUAUCAGAGAGGGCGGGGAGAAUCUCAAGUGUGUGGAGUGGGGGUGUCGGGGAGGGGACGGGGGUCCAAGCAGAGGCUGGAAAGUGAAGUUCACAGACCAUGGAAGCUGCUGCUCUGCCUUCUUGGGCUCUUUGGGAUACCUUUUCUGGGAACUCUGACAGUCUUCUCAGAGUGGAUGGAAGGGGGUGGGGUCUGUCAGAUGCUCUCUGCAUAUAGUCGGUAUUUUAGGGGAGGACAGACAACUGGGCCAAAUCUCCAUGGACUGGUCAGGGGAAAAACUGGUCAGAGAGAUGUCUAAGGGUGGAGGUCACCCUUCCCCAUCCCUUCCAGGGGAGUCUGAGAGGCCUUGGUUGAGGGAACUAUGACUGGGGGAAACUGGAUCUGGGAUUCCCCAUGUAACCCUCUCUGCAUUAGAUCUGGUGUGGCUGCCUCCCUGGCUCCUCAGAGAGUUCCAGAGCAAGAAGCACUGAGGACCUAGGCCCAUUUACCAAGCAAGAUAGAAAGCCAAGCCAAGGAAGUUAAACCUGGUCCUGACCUGAACGUCCCUCUUCUCCUCCUCCUCCCUUGAACUCGACCAAGCCACCCCCCAACCCCUAUCUUCUGGGAAAAUUAAACUAGAAAAUGAAAACUCCAAAUAGCUUGAAACCAUGGAGCACAGUGAUGGCAGCCCCAAGAUGUCAGUACCUACCCUAGACAGCUGAGCUUCAGCGCCGUCUCCAUUUGCCCCACCUGGCUCAUCCCACUGCCAGGCCAUUAAUAUCUUUGCCUUGGAGCUCAUAUGGGUUUCCAGAUGGGCUGAUCACAGCCAGGCAGGCCAGGAUGGAGUGACCCCCUUUGGCCCUCCUUAGGCAGGACCACAGGGGUACCCAGAAAGCACAAUGGCUUUGACACUUCCUGCUGCCAGAAAGUCUCAAAGAAUUGAACUUGCACCAGAGCCUCAGCAGGCACAGGAGCCACCCAGAGGAAUAGCACAUAUAUGCUCAUGCAUGCCCACUGCACUGCUCACAUGUGCACAUUGCCCUGUUCAUGCAUGCAUAUUGUACUGCUCAUUUGUUCAUCCUCCAUUUAUUCAAUUGUAUUUAUUGAGCGCUUACUGUGGGCAGAACACUUUACUAAGCGCUUGGGAAUGUACAAUACAACAAUAGACACAUUCCCUGCCCACAACAAGCUUACAGUCUAGUCCUGUAUCACCUAUGCUCACUGCACCACUCAUGUACACACAUAACUGCUCACCUGUGUGCAAUAUGAGCACACUCUCCUUCCCUGAAGGAGGACAUGACCUGGAUGGGUUUUGAGUACAAUAUGGACUCGCCCCUUUGGUCUUGACUCAGGCCAAGCCCAGCUCCUCAGCCUGACCUAGAGUUGAUCCCAUCGGAGAGGUAGAAUUUACCUAAAUUGCCAGUGCAAAUCCACAGUAAGACCCUUCUAUGACACGAAAGUAAGAUAAGUCAGGAGAGUGCUUCCCAGAGGCCCGUAUACCACCCAGCUGCACAUCUAGUGAACUGACAGGCUAAUUUUAACUCAUCUGCUCAUCCAUUAUUAGGAUUGCAGUCAACAGGGAUUCAACUGGGGUGAGAUCUGUGAUCCAAUGUGACCCAAAUUUAAUUCCUGUCCUGAUGUCUAAUGAUCAGAUGGGCCCAACUGCUCAUAAGGUGGUAAACACUGCCAUGCUGGGCUAUUACCAGUGAUCUGACCAGCCAAGUCUUCUGUCUCCAAGAAGGGCAACAAAAGAUGCUUGGAUGAAAAGAAAGGGACAGAAUCUCUCCUUGACAUCCAAUUUCAUGGCUGGGAAUGAAUCAUCUAAUGCCUAUUGCCCAUUUGGGACCAGUGCCCAUCGAUAUGUUCUACCCGUCAACAGAUAUGAGGUGGUCAGGGUGGAGUGGAGUGCACCUUGUUGCAGUCCAGUUUCCUGGUUGUUCCCAUCCGAUUUCUGCAGUGCUAACUCCAAGCCAGUUGGUCCUGGCACCCACCCUGCAAAGCUCCCUUAAAAGGUAGUUCAACAGAGCAGAGAAGGGCUGGGAGGGCUUGGCCACAAUCUGUGUGGAGUGUGUGGAAAUGCUUGUAGUGUUUAGCACAGCUAUCUGAUAUACAUACACACACACUCACUCUCACACACACUCAUUAAAAUAUAUACUCCCCCCUCAAACCUACACUCAGCUUAGCAGCUAAGCAAUCUGUUCAGAGAGGGUUGACCUUUGACCACUAGGCUCAUGGUUGAUGCUGGGCUGGGAGUGGGUGGGAGAUAAGAGAGGGCCUCUUGCUGGGACUGGGGAAUGAGAAUGGGAGGGAGUUGGAGAUUGGGCCUGACCCCUAAAGAAGUUGUUAAUGUCCACUCCCACAUCCCCAUCUUGCAGGUCCUUCUAGUGGCCAAGCUCUGGUCACAGUUCCCAGCGUCCAAGGUUCUGAAAGCCUGCUCACUUACCCAGAGGGUAUCAAAAAUAAACUUAGCAGCAAGAUUUUCCAUCCCCUACCCACUCCUUACCGGUCCCCCUCCCAUCCUGGAUUGUUUCCUCAAUAACAGAGCCAGCCUGCUCCGAGAAGGGUCUGUACCCUGGACACCCCACCGUCACAUGCAAUAACGUUCUCACUUGAAUGUAUUUAAAAUCUCUCCCUCUCUAUGUCUCAGCCUCUGUCUCGUCUGUGUGUCAGUCUCUGGUCUGACUGUCCAAGACCCCACUUCUCCCAUCAGUGCGUCCAGCUGUCUACUUGUCUUGUCUAUUUGUCUGUUUCUGACAUGUUACGACCUGUGGUGGGAACUUGGGCUUUUUAUAUCUGAUGAAAAGAUCGAAAAUAAAAACUGGAUCUUAAA